UUCAAUGUGUAAUUUCUUAAGCAGUCAUUUAUUUUGGUUCACAUUUUUCUAACCAUACGCACAACUGGACUUUUUGUAGGCUUCGAUCAGGAGUAUGAGGCACCUAAAACGCUAUGCUCAGAAAAGGAUUAGACAAGUUGUCAUUGUUUCGUCACAUUUCAAACACAUUUAAUUCAAAUUUGGAACAAAUGCCAAUUGCAAGAGGCCAAGAGAAACCAAGAGGAAAGCAUAAAACUGAUGAUGGUAAUAAAGAAGCGGAGCAUAAAGUAUAUUCGGCACAGUUUAAUGGAAAACGAAGAUGGAAGCAAAAAGGGGAAUACGUUGCAGAUGAUGUAAAUUUGGAAAUAGGUACAAUUGAAAAGCGGUCGCCAAGGAAUGAAGAAUACUACAAAAGAAAAGUUCUUCAUCUGAAAGAAAAGCUGACCAAUCUUAAACACUUCAAUGACGAAGUAAUUAAAGAGAACUCUCAGAUCAAGAACGAAUACCAAGAAUUAUUGGUGCAUUUUGAAGACAUCCGUGAUGAAUUGGAAAGUAGUAAACACUGCCAGAACUGUUACGAUUUAAAAUUGGCCAUAGAAAAGAAUACAGACGAGUGUAAUAAUUUAAAAACGUUAAACACUCAAUUAACACAAGAUGUAAAUAUGUUAAAAAAUGUCGUUUAUAGGUUAAAUGUCCAAUUAGAACGCUACCAAGAAAGGCUACGCAAGUAUAGAAUAAGCACAAAAUCAAACCAACCUAUUCCAAUGGAGGAAGUUGCAAAUUUGGAGCUCGUCAACGAAACAAUUAGUGCCCUCCCAGAAAGUCAUGCCGAUCAUCCGCACACGCCGUUGUCUUGGGGCUCGGUUAACUCUCACACUUUGGGACCAUUAUUGGACGCCUAUCAAGAGUCGGUUGACGAAAAAGAUAACAUAAUUCAAAAUUAUGAAUUGGAGUUAUCUAAUUUCACUGGCAGAUUACAAGCGGUAAUUCAGGAGAACGAAACACUGCAUAAGCGCUUAACAGAGGACGAUGAUUGCAGCGCUAAACUAGUCGUUGAGCUGGAAAAGGUGAAAACCAAUUUGAAAAACGCAAGGAACGAAAACGAUCUACUUAUCAAGAAAUGCGCCUUAAAACAGGAUAAAUUACAGGAGGUUUUGCAAUGUUACGAACUAAAGGUUGAACAAUUGCGAAGGGAUUACGCUGUCGUGGUCGAGCAAUAUCACAAAAGUAGAACGGAAAUAGCGGGGUUGAGAGAGCGAAAUACAACGUUGACGGAUUCGUACGACGAAUUCAAAAAUGAAAGGAAAAAUUAUAUCUCGCUUUCGAUGCACAAUAGCAGCAUAAACGAGUGCAAAAGGUUGUACGAAGAGCUGAAGCAGCAAUACGAGGCCGAAAAAACGAAAAUGAAAGAAAACGCGGACGCGCUCAACGUAAUUAUUCAUAAUGUAAAAGGGGAAAAGGAACAAUACGAAACUAAACUCAAAACGUUAGAAAAAGCGUUAAAGAAAUUGGAAACCAAGCACUUGGAUAUGCAACACUGUUUCCACGAAGUUCAAUUAUCCAGAAGUGCGUGUCGAAAGCAGUUGCACAAGACGAUGGAAUUUGCGAAAGAUUUGGUUACCGAACAGGAAUCGUUAAUGCAAGCUUUACAUCAUCGCCAACAAGAAAACAAGGCUGUUAAACAGCUGGGCAGUGAUAUUGCAAGUCGCAUGGAUAUGUUAAAGAAUCAACUCAAGGCCGUUCAACGAGAUGCUUGGCAAGAACUUUCAACGGUUGAACAAAGACUACAAGACCAAGAUUCCGUAAUAGUUGAAAUGAAGCGUGAGCACAGUCUGGAAGUUGCACGACUUAAAGAAAUUAUAAAACAAAAGGACCAAUUCAACUCACAUCUUAAGGAUACGAAUUCUUCCACUCCAUUGCCUCAUUAUCUACUAUUAAAAGACAAAAUUGUGAAUUAAAAGCGUGAAUGCAUAGGUAUAAGGUGCUUAAAUAAUGUGUUCUUAUUUUGCUUUUACAAUGUAACUCA